AUCUAACUGAGAUUGGUGGCGAGACUUUAAACCGAUGUAAAUGAAAAAUAGUAAGCUAGCUGACUAGCCAGCCUAACCACCCAACAGAUGAGUUGGACAAUAGAGAUAGUCAAAUACGUUAUCUAACCGGCACACUAGCGAACGUAGACAGCAGCAUUUUGCUGGAUAAUGGUUUCUACAACUUUGGUUUAGCAAGCAUUGAUGGUUCACUAACAAUUAUUAGUUGGAACUAGCCAACUAGUUGCAGGAUUUUCUGCCUCUAGCCAACUAACGUUGCAUAAUUUAUGAAGUUGCUAGAAGUCCCUUCAUGUUAAAAAAAUAUGUGUGACGACUUUGAGUCUUCCUUGCUGAGCUUUGAGAAACUAGACAGAGCAUCACCUGAUCUCUGGCCAGAACAAUUGCCAGGAGUUGCAGAAUUUGCUGCCUCAUUUAAAAGUCCAAUUACAAACUCCCCCCCUAAGUGGAUGGCUGAACUGGAAAACGAUGACAUCGAAAUGUUAAAAGAACUGGGCAGCUUGACUACAGCAAACCUGAUGGAGAAGGUGAAAGGACUUCAGAAUCUGGCCUAUCAGCUUGGUCUGGAGGAGUCCAGGGAAAUGACGCGAGGAAAAUUCCUGAACAUCUUGGAGAAGCCCAAAAAAUGAAGACGGCCAUGUUGUUCACCUGUGUGCGUCAGCAGAGAUGAAGUAGCACUCUGAACAGGACACAAACCAGCCACACCACACUGAAUGAAGAUGAAUCUGACACAUGUAUGUGUAGAGUGUAGCACACACCCGUCACCGCAGAGACCGUUUUGGUAUUGAAGGAAAAAAUCUGUUGGUCCUUUCUCACGUUAUGGACAUUGUUUUCGUUAACAGUGUUUAAAAGGGCUAAAAAAUCUUCUGAUCCGAAACGUCAGAUCUCUCAUUCAGAAUCAUAAUUUCUCGAUUUUGUGAUGGGCUGAAAUGGAUCCGUUGCAGUCGCCUUCUUGUUAGACCGCAGGUCACUUUAUUCUUUCGGAAGAGUGUAUAUUCUGUAUUUAUUUUUAAGCUUAAUUAAUGGUGUUGCUUUUUUCUCAAAAAGAGUUCUGCAAUAAACUGUUUAUACUCAAAGA